AUGCCACAAUUCGUACACACCUCGGACGCCCUGCCCGUGUUCCCUGUUUUCUCGCAGGCGACAAUAUCGAAGGGCAUGGUGUACGUGUCUGGUAACAUUGGGUGCAACCGCGACCUGAAGACCCUGGUCGAGGGCGGGGUGCAGGCACAGACUCGUGCGGCUUUGGAGAACAUGGCCAAGGUGCUCAAGGCUGCAGGUUCGGGCCUGGAGCAUAUCGUAAAGGCGAAUAUCUACUUGGCUGAUAUGGCCAACUUCGGGCCUAUGAAUGAGGUCUACGCGCAGUUCUUCGAUCCGAACGCCAUGCCAGCCCGGACAUGCAUUGGGGUGAUGGCCCUUCCUCUGGGCGCUGACGUUGAGAUCGAAUGCAUCGCAGAGAUUCCGGGACAAUGAGUCGUAUGUAAUAUAUUGAAAAGCUGACGGGCAAUUCAACUGUACUUUAGAGUACCGAGCAGAUGAGCGCUAGUAGCACGUGAGAUAAGCUU